CUAAAAUAAAAUACACGUGUCUCAAAUGUGAUAUCUGUCAAAAAAAAAAAAAACAACCCUGUUCAUUAAUAAGUGAUUUUUGUCUGAACGUCCGUCGUAGGUAAAACAUUGUUAAAAUAGCAUCAGAUUCAAAAUUUCAAGUAAACAACACUGCGACGUCAAAAGCUAAGUAAAAUGUUAUCUACCUUAAUAUAAAAUGUGUCUACGGUACGGCAGUAUUCACGGAGAAUGAAUUAAAGUACAAAAUAAGAGAGAAAUGGGAAGAAAUCAGAAAAUCGAUUUUCUCAUGCAAAACAAUCCCAACAAAAUAUUUAGUUCUACCAAAUUCCAUUUUUAAUCAAUUUAAUGUUUGUUCUUUUUUAGACACAGAAAGCGGAAGAUUCAGGAAUAUGAAACACCUAGCAGAAUACAUUUUACGUACGCUGAACUCCAACAUCUAUGUUACCACAAGAUCUCACAAGAAAGGCGAGACUACCCUCGAUGAUCUAGGCAUUGUGGUCUUGGUGGGACGUCCAGGGUCAGGAAAGACAACUCUUGGUUUGUAUCUCAUGAAAUACAUCAGGAAGAUAAAACAGAGGCAAGUAUUACUGUUGCAGCAUCCUUCACAGUUUGAUAAAAUACAGAUUCCACAUAAUUUGAUGUCUGCCACGGAAAAAGAGAAACUUGUUAUUUUAAUUGAUGACAUAUUUGGAAGAAGCAAUCUCAUACAUGAAUAUGUACAAAAGUGGGAACUGAAUUUUCCCAGAAUGUGGGAAUUAGCGAAAGCUGGCUUAAUAAAAAUUAUAAUAACAUGUAGAUCACAAAUAUUUCAAGAAUGUGAAAAUAAUUUGAAGGAUUUUGAUGUUUUUAAAAAGUGUCACUUAUUGAACUUGCAUGAUUCUGAGUAUUGCCUGACUACAGAUGAAAAAAGAGACAUCCUUAAUCGACACCUAAAAGCAUGUACAACAAUAAACGACACCUUAUCAGAAAAUGAGAGGGAACUGGCUGUAGAUCUGACCUUUACCGAGCUGGGAUUUCCUCAGUGUUGUAGCUUUUACGUAAACUCCCCAGAAGCACAGAAGCGUGGGAUGGACUAUUUCAAGAAUCCUAUCGAAUACCUCAAGCGACAGUUAGAUAAUAUAAAAUUAGACAAGGAUAGUCAGUUUCAGUAUCUCGUUCUCCUGAUCAUAAUGUUCAAACGGGGCACGUUGAAGGAAGACUGUCUGGAUCCAUUUCAACAGGACAAAGAGACACUUCGUCUGAUUAACACUCUGAAGAAUGUAUGCACUAUUAACACUGGCGUCUCUCUUGGCCAGAUAAAAACAGCUGCUCAAUCUAUUACUGGCGUCUACCUCGAGUACAACGAAAUCAACAAAUCGUAUUCAUUCAUUCACCAGUCAGUUUUUGACACAUUGUUUCUGCAGUUUUCUGGCGAGUUCCUUAAGAAGAGCAUUGAAGUUUGUCCUGUAUCCAUGCUUCUUGAGUACGUUGUAACACCACGUGCGCCCACUAGAAGCAUUGUUACAGUGAUGGUAAAUACGGAAAACGACAGAUUCCUUGCCGAAAGGCCCACUGAUGAGUUGAAAGGGACUCGGCACGUUGAGGACGAAACGAAUGUGCCAAACAUCAGAACCAUUCUUUCCCACCCGUCAUUCAAAGACGAAGAGUUCGUGAAUUUUCUCACAGAAAUAGUCUGGAACAAUGAGGUUCCCGCAGAAAUCUUGAACCAGAAGCUUGAUGCUCAAGAACUUGACGUUGAAGUUGCUUUUAGCGAGGACACACUAGAAAAGACCUGGAAGUAUGUUGGAAAUAGAAACAAAAUUAUUUUGGAUGACAUAACCGUUCGCGGUUCGAUUACCGCUAUUGCUAUUUCUACAUCGCCAGGAAGUCUAGCAGUGACAAACAAUCUUAAAGCAUUGUCCAGCCAUUUUGUAUCCAGUCUUUGUAAAUCAGACUCGAGUGAGUUUGGACUGCAAAAAAAGGAGAUUUUAGAUGUUGCUUGUUUGGUUGGAAAUACAGAAGUAGUUGACAUGCUGCUGAAUUCGGGGAUUGCUCCAACAGUAAGUUCACUUUCUGCCGCAGCAGCAUCAAACACUGAUGAUAUGGAAAUAUUUAGAAAUUUAUUGAAACCAAGGAACGACUUGGAACUGGGAUCGUCUGAUUUAGAAUCGAUGUUGUUUCUAGCACUUGAGCAGGAAAAUGGAAGAAUAUCCGGUCUACUGAUUGACGAACUCACAAAGAUGGGCAACAACUCCACCAUCCUUGAAAAAGCUGCAAAACAACUAUUACUUCAGUGCCACAGAGGUUUCGUGUAUUAUGUAGAAAUGGCCAUGGAGUCUAAAAGUAGUUCGAGAAUUGGAGCGGGAACUCUGUUUAGAAGGUUAUUCAGCUACUCAAUAUCAUUAAAACCUGAAGUUGUUGUCUCUUUGGCAGCUGCCCAUGAUGAUGGUGCUGUCCUGAAAGAAAUUGUACGUGCGAAUCCAAUGAGGUGGAAUACCAUGAAGGGAGAUAAAAGUCCAUUACAUAUAGCAGCUUAUUAUGGAUGUGUGGACUCUGUGGCUAUUUUGAUAGAACAAGGAUGUAACAUUUCUGCAGUCAGUGAAGAACAUCAGACUGCACUACAUCUAGCAGCAAAACAUAACACAUCUGACAUGGUUUUUAAAAGGAUCCGAUGUAAAUGUGCCAGAUUCAGAUGGGAAGACGCCACUUCUUCUAACAUCGAAGUUGGCGUGGCUUCACAGUUACUACGUAAUGGAGCAGAUGUCUCUGUGACUGACGUAAACAAGAACACUGCUUUACACAUUGCAUUCGCUAGUGCUGAUCGUCUAGUUCUAGUAAAAAUAUUAGUUCAAAAUGGCACUAAGGUGAAUACUGCCAAUAAAGAUGGAGAAAUUCCACUUCACAUUGCUGCUACAGAGAACUUACUAGAAGUUGUAAGCUAUCUAGUUGAACAAGGAUCACAGAUAAAUCUGCUCAAUGAAAAAGGCAUGUCACCACUCUAUCUAGCACAAAGAUCAUCUGCUAUGCCUACUGCUGUAUGUUUAUAUUUGCUGCAUAAAGUGGCUGAUCCUAAUUUGACAGGCAGAAAGAAUGAACCACUUUUACACUUGGCACUGAUAAAACGCACUUUAGAAUUAACAGAGGUAUUGGUUAAGAAUGGAGCUAGUUUGAGUACAACUGAUACAAUGGGGAUGAUGCCCCUUCAUGCCACAAUUAAAAAACGAAUGGAUGCACUGGAAUUUGUAAAAUGCCUUGUUGAAAAUGGAUCCAGUGUUAAUAUUGAGAACAAUGGAAGUACACCACUUCUUUUGGCAAUAACUGUUAAGAGUUUUGAUGUGUGUCUGUAUCUACUUGAUAAAAGAGCUGAUCCAAAUGUCACUGAUGCAGAACAGAAUUAUCCAUUGCACCUGGCCAUGCGUGAUGAUGUACUGAAUACUGCAACAGAAACAGGAGUGGUAACAGAGAAAAUGAAUAAACAUAGAGGUUCACCCAUGGAAGUAGUUACACGAUUAGUUGAGAAGGGUGCAAAGCUAAAUGUUGUAGAUGCAUCUGGGAACACGCCACUUCACAUUGCUGCAUACUACAGUUCAGUGGACGUGGUCAGGUAUCUAGUAGAAAAGGGUUUACAAAUAGAUCUGCCAAACCGUUAUGGCACGAUGCCCAUUCAUCUUGCAUCAGCUCAUAACACAUCUGCCGUGUGUCUAUGUAUACUUGAUAACGGGGCUGAUCCCAAUAUAACAGAUGCAGAUAGGAAAUCACCACUGCACUUUGCUGUUUGCAACAGAGAGGAAAAUGUUGUUGAAACUUUGAUCCACCAUGGAGCCAAGCUGGAUAAUGUAGAUGAAUUUGGAAACAUUCUACUACACAUUGCCACUAAGGAAGGCUCCUUGCAAACUGUAAGUUAUUUAAUAGAUAUGAAGUCCGAGGAGACUCUGGCAAAUGAUGAUGUAAUGUCGCUAUUUAACCUGGCAGUAGAACAUAACACCGAAGAUGUGGCAUGGUAUUUUCUUCACAAAAUUUCAGAUCCAAAUUCAGUGGGUAAUACGGAGAUGAAUUCACCUCUACAUCUGGCAGCCAAAGUACACGCACCACGUUUAGUAAAAGCAUUAGUUGAAGGUGGAGCCAGUGUGAACAAAAAAGACCGAUCUGGGAACACUCCACUUCUGGCUACACUUCAAAACUACCCUAAGGUGGAAUGGAGGGAUUUGGUAGAAUGUAUGACGUAUCUAAUAAGCAACGGCUCACUUGUGAACGUAGCAGACCAUAAAGGAAGAACCCCACUUCAUUUAGCAACAUCUCUCCCAUCGUCUGCGCUAGACUGGUCACUGGUUUGUGUGACAUACUUGGUGGAGCAUGGAUCUGAUAUAAACGCCGAGGAUGAUCGAGGCAGAACUCCACUUCUCCUGGCACUAAUGGAUCACCCAAUCAAAAUCAGUAUUAGUCUUUAUCUUCUAGACAAAGGAGCUGAUCCUAACUUGACAGAUACAUCAAGCACACAUCCUUUACAUUUGGCAGCUAGGAAGUGGGUCACGCCUGUACUGGAAGCGUUAGUGGAGAAGGGAGCCAAUGUCAAUGUAUCUGAUUGUUCUGGAAAUACUCCACUUCACUAUAUGGUACAGCCUAGUGCAGAACGAUGGAUAAAGUAUUUAAUAGAAAAGGGAUCCCACAUAAACAAGGUAAACAAUGACGGUGACACCCCACUGCAUAUUGCUGCAAGGGAAGGGAAUCCCUUUAUUGGUUUUGAGCUACUUUGUCGGGGAGCUGACACUAAUAUUAUAAAUAAAGCGAAUAUGACACCUUUGCUUUUAGCAGCAGACACGAGUCGUUCCAAUUUGGUGGACGCUAUACUUUCGAAGGAUAAGAACGUGAAUAUCGUAGAUAGUUCCGGAGAAAUCUCACUCCACAAAGCAGUGCGCCAGAAUCGGUUCGAAUCUGUCAAGUAUUUAGUAAUGAAAGGAUCAGACAUAAACUUGGCAAAUUCUGCUGGCAAAACACCACUUGAUUUGGCAGAAGGAGAACAGUGUUCAGACAUUAGAGAAUAUCUGGUGGCUAAAGGAGCGUAUUUCUAA